AAGGUACUGAAGACUCAUAGAGAAUUGAGUUAGGGUGUUACAGUUAUCCCUGCAGGGUAUAUAUAUAUAUAUAUAUAUAAAGUUGCAUCAGCGGUCAAUACAUUUUUACUUUUCCUUAUACAAUUUAUAGUAUUUGUAAAAAAUAAUAAUAAUAUACAAAAAAUGCUGAAGACUUGCGGCAAGAGGUUUUUGCUCUCCAUCGUUGGAGCUACCUUCACCUGCCUGGUUGUGCUGUUCGUGGCUCAGCUGCAGCAGCGAAACCAGGUAGAGGCCGUGCCAAACGGGAGAGAGGUUGGGAUGCGCUCUCUGCAGAGCUUGGAGACCCUGGAAGAAAGUCACGACACCCAGGAGCCGCAACUGAGCCAGCCCGACCCUCAGCAGCAGGAUUCUAAUCCUGAGCAAGGGAAAGGCUUCUCAGCUUAUUUCACUAAAUUGACCCGGAGCAGGAGGGAAGCAGAAAAGACAGAAAGCAGCACCGAGGUAGCGACCGAGAGACCGCCUAUGGAAGACAUCACACCGAAUGAUAUUUUCAUCGCAGUCAAGACCACGAAGAAGUUUCACCAGUCCCGUCUGGAGCUGCUUCUAGACACGUGGAUAUCAAGAAACGUGCAACAGACCUACAUCUUCACAGACGGAGAGGAUGAGGAGCUAAAGAAAAGAAUAGGAAGCCAUGCCAUUAACACAAACUGCUCAGCCGCACACAGCCGGCAAGCUCUGUCCUGCAAGAUGGCGGUGGAGUACGACAAGUAUAUCGAAUCUGGAAAAAAAUGGUUUUGCCAUGUGGAUGAUGACAACUAUGUGAACAUGCGGACUCUGGUGAAAUUGCUCUCCAACUACCCCCACACUCAGGAUAUCUACAUUGGGAAGCCGAGCCUGGACCGGCCCAUCGAAGCCACGGAGAGACUCGGAGACAAUUUAAUGCGGCCCAUUAACUUUUGGUUCGCUACUGGAGGUGCUGGGUUCUGUAUCAGCCGUGGUCUGGCAUUGAAGAUGAGCCCAUGGGCAAGUGGAGGACACUUCAUGAACACAGCGGAGAAAAUCCGUCUCCCUGACGACUGCACUAUUGGGUACAUCAUCGAGUCUGUGCUGGGAGUCAAACUGAUCCGCAGCAACCAGUUCCACUCCCACCUGGAGAACCUGCAGCAGGUGCCCAAGUCUGAACUCCACAAGCAGGUAACAUUGAGCUAUGGAAUGUUUGAAAACAAGAGGAAUGCCAUUAUCAUGAAGGGGGCUUUCCCAGUGGAGGAGGACCCAUCCAGGUUCAAGUCUGUACACUGUUUGCUGUACCCGGACACCCCCUGGUGCCCCUCCUACGCUGUCUAAUAACAGCGACCCCCCCCUCCCACCUCUUGUUACCCUCGUCCCGUGCCGCCCCGGUAUCUGAAGGGCCCGUGGGACCAGUGUCUAUUCGGCUGUGAAGCUACUGUGUUUUUGCUGCAGUACUGCACAGCGUUUGCUAGUUUAUAUUGAGCUGCUGUGCGGCUUGCUAUUUUGUUACAAACUUUUCCCUCCAAGCUGUUGCUGUCACUGAUGGCCAGCGGAGAAAGACAUAUUUUUGGACUUCAGUGUGUGGUGUACAGGCAGUUCUCUUUGCUUGUGAUUUGUAAAUGUUGCUUAUGAUAUAUUUGCAAUUCUCAUAGAAUGUACAUUUAUAUUGCUAUGCCUUUGCCAGCUUAUUCAUGCAUUUUUUAUCUUGGCUUUUUUAUUUUUUGUUAUUACUUUAUCGUAGACUCCGGAUACAAUAAUUGAAAUGAAGUUUCUUUUCUUUUAGCGUUACAGUAUUUAAGCUGGCUGUAGGCAGUUUCUAGAUGUGAGCUCAGAUGUUUAUUUCUGAGGUGCAUCGCUACGAAGCACUUUCCCCCUAUUUUAAACGUCUAAGGAGUACAAUCACAGAUUGAGGCAGGUUACGCUUGGAAUCUGUGCUGAAGUUGAAGGAAGACUUUACAUUAGCCAAAAAUGUACAUAAUUUUUAUAGAUAUUGUGAUAUUUAAUAUGAUUUAUUGCCUUUUCAACAAUCUUGAAGAAAAAAAAAAUAUAUAUAUAUAUAUUAGCAAUGGUUAAAAUUAAAUGUUACAAUCAUCUUUUAAGUGUGUUGCAUAUAGACGUGUAAAAAAAUUGCAUGUUUUCCUUUAUUAGAAAAUGUUGCCUUUUUGUAGAUCUUUUGUUGUAAAGGAAUAUCACAAUAUAUAAGUAAAAAAGUAGAAUUUCCUUGUUUACGUUAGUAAUUAUAUAGAGUAUUGUGAAAUUCCUUUAUUGCUUCGCUCCUUUUUAACAGGUCCAAUGUCUAUAUGUACAGUACAUAUAAAUAUAGCAGAUUUGCUCAUAGAACCAGUGGCAGCUAAUAACUUAAAGAUCCCUCUUUUAAAAGUUGCAGACUACAUUGUCCUGCAUUUAUGCCUUUGUCUUGUGCUUUCAAAGAUAUCAGUGUUUAAUUGUGUUGUCUCACAUUUUUAAAUAUGGUUAAUGCCUACAAACAAAUGAAAAGAUGAAGAAAUGUGUACAAAAUGGACUGAUAUCGUUUGAAAGCAGAGACUGCAAUUUUAUCCCCAACCCUACUAAGGAUUUUAGCCAUACUCGUUUUGAAAAAGAAUACUGUGAAAAUGUGGGGCUGUUUGAAAAGGAAAGGAGAUUUCGCAAGAGCGGCAACAUUAAUGUAUAAGAGAACGCAGAGCUUGACUAUCAUCUCUGUGACGAUGUCCCAUACUGGGUACUCUUGUAAAUGUUAAUUUGAAGCAGUAUUUGUUUACUGUGCUUUUUGUUUUUCAAAUAACUGUGUAUAUAAGUGUUUGACAAUGGAUUUUUUUUUCUUUGAAUCAGAAAUGCUUCUGACAAACGUUUUAAAUGAUGAUGUUUACCGCUUGUAAUCAUUGCUUUUUCCUCUAAUUUAUAUUCCAGUAUCUGGAAUUUCUUUUUUUUUAUUAUUGUUUUUCAAAUUGUACAUAUCAAAAAUACAAAUGCUUCUCGGGGAUAAUAACCUGAUAUUGUUACCAUGGAAACUCCAAUGGUACCCUUCAUUUGCUUUUAAUAAAGCAGCUUAAUGGCUGAUGAACUUCA